AUGAAUAUAGUUAUCUGGAACUGUAGGGGGGCAUUGAAGCCUUCCUUUCAAAAACACGUUAGAGAUUUGGCUGCUCAGCAUGAUCCGGCUAUUUUUGUUGUGAUGGAAACCCACACUGGAGGUGAUAGAGCCAAAGAAAUUAUUGAGAGGCUUCCCUUUCAAGGAGCUAUCCACACUGAUACCAUAGGUCUUAUUGGUGGCCUGUGGCUUCUUUGGGACCCUGACAGGGUAGAGAUCACCAACCUGGCUAGCACAGAGCAAGAAAUUCAUGUCCUAGUUAAGGUGAGAUCUUCUAAUCUUAGUUGGUUUUUUACGGCUAUUUAUGCUAGUCCUAGACUUAGAGAAAGACAUUUUCUCUGGAAUAAUUUAUCUACUAUAGCUAAUACCCAUAAUUUGCCUUGGUUAAUGGCUGGUGACUUUAAUGAAUUACUCUCUACUAAUGACAAGUUAGGUGGUAGACCCCUUAUACCCUCUAGGGUCAGUGCCUUUAAAGAAUGUCUUGACUUCUGCAACAUGGCUGAUCUCGGCUUCCAAGGUCCGAGAUUCACAUGGACUAAUAAAAAUGAUUUAAGCUCUCUCAUUCAGGAAAGACUUGAUAGGUUUUUCGCCAACCCUGAUUGGUGUUUGACGUAUCCAGAGGCCCAAGUUUCGCAUCUUGCGAGGUGCCUCUCGGAUCAUUGCCCAAUUCUUCUUGAGCUUCAUCCCCAAAACACCUUUAGGUUGCCCAGACCUUUUCGGUUCCAGAGUUUCUGGCUUUCGGAUUCCUCCUUUUCGAAUAUUGUUCGUAAUGCUUGGGCUAAUCAGUCCAAUCUUGUCCAAGCAACUACUACCUUUGUGAGAGAAGCCCAAGUCUGGAACAGGGAGCACUUUGGGAAUAUUCUUGUUAAGAAGAAAAGAUUGCUGGCUAGAUUAUUGGGCAUUCAGAAAGCUUUGGCAACCAGCCCAAAUUUGUUUCUUGUCAAUCUGGACAAACAGCUUCAAGGAGAGCUUAACAAGGGGUUGAAUAAUGAAGAAGAAUUAUGGGCGAUGAAAUCCCGCAUCAAUUAG